AUGGAUGGGGAUUUAGCCAUCGGAAAGAUGGCUUCCUUCACCAGUCCCAUGGGCCCUAUCGACAGCCUGGAGCUCCUGGAUCUACUGUUUGACCGGCAGGAUGGCGUUCUGAGACACGUAGAGCUGGGAGAAGACUGGGGCCGUGGGGAGGACCAGGUCCUGCCAGGCGCGGACUCUGAUGACUUCCUCAACUCCAUCCUGGGUUCUGGAGAUUCAGAUUCCCCAACCUGGUCCCCCGCGGCCAGUGACAGUGGCAUCUCAGAAGAUCUGCCCUCUGACCCCCAGGACACGCCUCCACGCGGUGGGGUGCCUGCCACCCCUGCCAGCUGCCAUAGUGUGGAGUCUGGUGAGGGGCCCUGCCCCUCUUACCAUCCUGGCCCCACCUGCCCUGCCAGGCACCUCGGGCCAGUGGCCCAAAGGCUUGAGACUUCUGUGGCUAUAGACCUGGAAAUGUGGAGCCCAGGCGUCUAUGCCGAGGAGCAGACUGACCUGGCUGACUCACCCUCAUGUCACAACCUCACAGUCAAGGACCUCCUCCUCUCCUGCAGCAGCGGGGACCUGCAGCAACAUCAGCUGGCAGCCCCCCACCUGUUGCAACCUGGGACUGGGCACUGCCAGGAGCUGGUGCUGACAGAGGAUGAGAAGAAGCUACUAGCCAAAGAAGGCAUCACUCUGCCCACUCAGCUGCCCCUUACCAAGUACGAGGAGCGAGUGCUGAAAAAGAUCCGCCGGAAAAUCCGAAACAAGCAGUCAGCUCAAGAAAGCCGGAAAAAGAAGAAGGAAUACAUUGACGGCCUGGAGACUCGGAUGUCAGCCUGUACUGCCCAGAAUCAGGAGCUUCAGAGGAAGGUCUUGCAUCUCGAAAAGCAGAACCUGUCUCUCUUGGAACAGCUGAAGAAACUCCAGGCCAUUGUGGUCCAGUCCACCAGCAAAUCGGCACAGACGGGCACCUGCAUAGCAGUCCUGCUCUUCUCCUUCGCCCUCAUCGUCCUCCCCUCCAUCAGCCCUUUCGCCUCCAACAGAGCCGAGAGCCCCGGAGACUUCGCACCUGUGCGAGUUUUCUCCAGAACUCUACACAACGACGCUGCAUCCCGGGUGGCUCCCGACGCUGCACCAGGCUCCGAGGCCCCCGGACCUGGGCCCAGCACUGGCGCACUUCAGGAAAGGUCUCCAGGCAGCCCUCCUGGGGAAUGGGAAUCCCAGGACACACGUGCUCUGGACAACUCAACAGAGGAUCUGGACAACUCAACUCUGGUCCAGGGCAACUCCGUGAAGGAACUGGACCAGGCCACCCUACUGGACUGUGCCCCGCCUGAGCCAGCAGUCAGCCCGGGCCGCGUGGGGCUGGAGACAGCAGGGGGGGAGCUGUGA